AUUGUUUUACUGCGAAAAAAGAAAAAGAAAAGCGUGUGUUUGCAAAAUCUCCAGUUUUUAGCCCAACGAAACCAUGUCGCGGAGCAACGAGUGCCGGAUUUACAUUGGUAAUUUGCCGCCGGACAUCCGCACCAAAGACAUUCAAGAUCUUUUCCACAAAUUCGGCAAAGUGACUUUCGUGGACCUGAAAAAUCGCCGCGGGCCGCCAUUUGCUUUCGUCGAGUUUGAGGACGCCCGCGAUGCCGACGAUGCGGUCAAGGCGCGCGAUGGAUACGAUUACGAUGGGUACCGGCUGCGGGUGGAGUUUCCGCGUGGCGGUGGCCCGGGGAGCUACCGCGGCAGCCGGCAGAGCAACAGUGAUCGCAGCAGCCGCAGCGACCGCGGGAACCGAGGGCCUCCGGCUCGCCGGUCGCAGUUCCGCGUGAUGGUUUCCGGAUUGCCAUCGUCCGGUUCGUGGCAGGAUCUGAAGGACCACAUGCGCGAAGCGGGCGACGUUUGCUUCGCGGACGUAUACAAGGAUGGAACCGGUGUGGUGGAGUUCCUACGGCACGAGGACAUGAAAUAUGCGAUCAAAAAGCUCGACGAUUCCCGGUUCCGCUCGCACGAGGGAGAGGUGGCGUACAUUCGGGUACGGGAGGAUUCGGGAAAUGACGAUAAGCGAGACUAUCGUGAUAGAAACUCUGUUGAUUGCAGAUCGUAUUCGCCACGCAGACGAAGAGGGACUCCAACCUACUCGCCGGUGCAACGGAGCGUCUCGCGAUCGCGCUCCCGUUCCUAUCACUAAAUCUGGCCACAUCCCGGAGACGUAAAGUAAUUUUAUUUCAAACCAACAUUUAAACCCUCCCUAUGUUUGAGGUAACCUGCGGCGAGAUCGAGGGAAUGCAAGCGACCGGGAAAGACAGAAAGAUUGUUUAGCAUUUUACUGACGAUGAUUGGCCAUUUAAUUCAAUAGUUUUUAUUGCAUGAAAUCGAUGGGUCGGUGGUAGUUUAUUUUCUUUAUUGACUUAGUUGCCUGCUAUUUUGCGUUCGUCGAUCACAGUUGAGCAAAAUAUUAAGAACAUUCGAAAGUGAACCGGACAAACAAACAGAUAACUGUACACAAUAAGGUUCUGUUAGUUUUCUUCUAAUUGUUCUGUUAUGGCCAUUAUGGGGAUGGAUGGAGAUGCGACAAAAAGGUAGAUAACAUUCCUCUGAGCAUGGACAUCGAAGGGCGUCUCCAACGGGUAACAGAAAGUAAAUCAGAACAGCCAAUGCAAGAGUUCGGUGUCAUUCCGGCAAUAAUCGCGUGUGUGUUUCUCGAUAGGGCACCGGUUUAGGCGAUAAAGUGUUGAGGCGUGUGCGACAAUUUAACCAGAAACAACGCAAAUUAUUGUGGAAAGAUAGGUACAAUUCGGGCUUCGAAUUUCAUGGCGACUUCGCGGAGCAAUACAACACUUGUCCUAUGUUUGUAUUAAGAACUAAUCCUGGCAGUGCGGCGCGGAGCAAUGUUUCUUGAAUAUGUCCCCUAACCAGCAGCCCCCCUUAACUUACCAACAUUGACCAACUCACACCAAAAGUCGGCAAAGCAUAAGCUUUCCAAUCUGCCUAUGUUUAUGAACUUCGAAUGAACGGAAACUAAACAUUCAAUUUUAUUCUUCUUCCCGACAGGGUCAAGGAUUGAUAGGAAAAGCUUAUAUUUAAGGAUCCACCAAAGGAGGAUUACGCCAGAGGAUGAAAGAGACGGAAACAAGCGCCCGAAUGUCGGUUGCAUAUCGAUUUUGAACGGCGGGAGCCACCAUAGAACCGGACGAUUGUCGGAAGUGUCAUCAUUAACGGCAACACAGUAGACUUGUCUACGCUUUGCUCCCAAACUGCCAUUCACUGGCAAAAAGGGCACUGUUAAUGGCAUUAGCAAUGGUUUGAGGUCCGUUUUUCGGAGCUGUUGCUCAGUGGCGGUCUGCUCCUUUUUCCAAACACUCUGUUGUUGGGGCAGUGGACAUGCUUUGGCGUUGGCUACGUUUCUGAAGAUUGUUUUUCGCAGAUGCCGGAUGCCGCGAUGGAUAAGGAUCACCCUCUCACUUUACACGAGAUGCGGCAGGCCAUGUCCAAUUCCCCGUCGUUCUGCUACCUCGCAGCGGUAGCUUAGGUGCAGCCGGUUUGUUUCCCCUUCUAGAAGGCGGGUCAUUUUUUAGAGUAUAGCAAGGAAUGGAUUCGCUCUGGAACAGAAUUUGGACAUUUGGAGGAACAGGAUUUUAAGGACGCAUUGGAUUUCACCGAGGAUUCGUUCUCUUCCGCUUCGCGCCUCUCCUCUCUCUCUCUAAGGAAAACGGAACACUUGCACGCUUCGCUCUUGGCGAAUGGUUUGUAACACAAUGGAGUGACAGGAUCACCGUUGGACCGGAGGAAGGAACUUGAAAAGGCCCACGCUUGCAAGGAUUCGCAGGAAGGAAGAAGCGCAAGGAAAAAUGGAUGCCCCUUGGUUUGUGUGUGUGCGUGUGUAUAUGUAAAUUGUGUUGGAGAAUUUGUGGCACCGUUGGAUUGGAAAGAAGCCGCCUAUUCUGGUUCGCUCAACUCUUCGCGCUCCCUCCGAAAAGCGGAAGCUUUUUCCCAUCGUUGGACAUCGUGGGAUAAGUUUGGAGGAGGCCUAGACGGUCCUGUUUUUGCUGUGAAUCCAAGCAAACACGCUGCCAUGGCAACCGCUGUCUCGUUUCGCUCUUAACGCGAAUCGAUCGUGUAGCGAUGGACCCGUUUCUGUACGUACCUCCGCAGCACACUUUGAUCGACCUGCUUCUUGCACGGAGUAGGAAGGAAGGAUCGCCGUUGGAAGAGGAGUUGGGCCUUUCCGGUAAAAUAGCAAUCAAUCGCACUUGACUGACGUUUUUAAAUUAACCUGUUUUCCGUUUCCCGUAGCUUUCCUAACUAAAGUUUGUUUUAACAUUUUCACUGUGUUUCCCCUCCGAUCCUGUUCUGGUGUUUCUGUUUUCUGUGCAUUUUCCCAUUUCGCAGCACAAUCGACUGAAACGCAACUGGCAGAACGGAGGGACGGAUAAAAUGACUAAACCUUUUAAUGUCGUUGAAAGAGCUGAUUUUUAAUUAUUUUCCUCUCAAGUGUCUCGCAUUUUAACACUUAUUUCUUCUACUGUUUCCCCUCUCCUGGGCACUACAUACAUUUAAACUCCUUUCACUGGGCAUCAACUAAAACCGAGCUUUUAGCGCGGACGGAUAGAAAGCAAUACUUAGGACUCUCUCUUUGUGGCCGUAAGUAGAUUACCGAACGGAAGAAAACUACAAUCAUCAUUGGUGGCCCAAGGGAUAAGGCACGGCAACGAAGCAAAACAAGUAUCUUACCACUAGAGGCACCUAUAUUUUUGGGUACGAAACAAUCUUAA